CGUUCCUCCCGAACCGUCGCGUCCACCGCCGCCUCCCCAUUUCCCACACCGCCACCACCGGCGCCCCCUCCGCCGACGACGCAGCGGACGAGAGGCAAGGGAGCGAUGGUCUCCGCGGCGGCGGAGGAGGGCGAGGACCCGCGCUGGAGGAGGAGCAACACGGACUGCGUCUUCUUCCUCGUCUCCCGCGUCAGCUGCACCAAGGGGUCCAAGUGCGAGUACCGCCACUGCGAGGGCGCGCGGUUCAACCCCAGGAACUGCUGGUACUGGUUCCACGGCAGCUGCGUCAACCCAAGCUGCACCUUUCGCCACCCUCCAAUGGAAAAUUUCAACAGAACCAAGUCCUUGACAGUCCCACCCUCAUCAGAUGGUUCUAUUUCUGUCAAGACAGCCAAUCCUUGUUAUUUCUACUAUAGCUCUGGCUGCAAAAAAGGUGACAAUAGCCCCUUCCUACAUGAGCCAACCCCUAACACUGAAUCAGCGAUUUCUUCUGAGGCUACUACUUUCAAUCCUGCUGUCAAUGAAAAUUCUGCUGGAGAUGAGAUGGUUGAGGCAUUGAAGGGUGCUCACACAAGUCCUUGUCAGGACACCUUGUACCACAUAAAGAAAUGCCACUCAAAAGAAGUUCCUGAGUCAAUAUAUCUCGAAUUUGAUGGUCCUAUUUCGGUCACGCCUGAAACAUCAAUUGACACUGGUGAAUACAUAAAGUGUUUCACCCACUCAGAUCAGAGCUCAGAAUAUUCAACAAUGGAUGACGCAGAGCAAGAUUGAAGUCGUGAUUCCUCCCCUGGAUUUGAUGUGCUCGUUGAUGAUGGGCUCUCUAACAAGAAUGACCUUGAGAAACAAUUGGCGCAGAAAAGAGAUGCUCAGGUGCUUCAUGCGAAAUAUGAUAUUGGAGAUCCAGUCUGUUAUGAUCGGGAUUAUUAUGAUUCAUGGUACUAUGGGCAAGCAUUUUGUAGCUUUGAUGAUCAACAUGGUUAUGUUAGUCAUCCUGAAGGAGUUCAAGACCCUGAUGUUGAGACCACUUUGGGACACAUACCACACAAUACAAGAAAGCUUGCAAUGCCAAGUUCUAAUGAGUAUGAUAGAAUGUUCUUCAAUUCCAGCUUCAUCGGCUCAGCAGCAGAUGAUGUGUUUCCUCGUCAGCAUACUGAGACAAGACACGCUUCAAAGAGAAGACCUGAGAAGAGAAAAGGUGCCAAGAGCAGGAAGGGUCGCACUAAGAGGCGUCGGGGUCUUGAACCCGUGAGUGGUUUCCAAGGCAUUGAAUCAAGAUCCACUCAUUACAGGCAAGAGUUCUUCAUAGAGGAGUGUCCUCAGUCUGUUGUCUGUGCUACCUUCAGGGGGCAGAAGAAGAAACGUAGAGGAAAACAGCACAAUGUAAUUUCUGCUAGAUCUUCUGAACAUCCUACCACAGAUUUUACUGGGCCAAAGACCCUAGCUCAGAUAAAAGAAGAGAAUUGUGUAUCUAAGUCACGCUUUAGCCACUCUGCUGCUCGCAUGCCUCAUGGGGGUUCUUUCUCAAAUGAUUUUGAAGGCCCAAAAUCUCUGACUGAGCUUCUCAAGGCUAAGGAUAGGGUUUCAAUUAGCUAGCGCACCUAGCAAGUGCAUAUAAACUGCAAUAUUGUCUGUUCUCUGCUCAGCUUGGUCAGAAUGAUGUUUAUGGCAGCUGCGUUAGCAACUUGGGAGCACUACUGUCAAAGAGAAUGGAACAUGAAGUGUCACUUCUGCAGUCGGACUAUUUAACAUUCUGGUUAAUUUUAGGAGGAAGGAAUCAACAUUCAAGAAUAACUAGCUGCUAUAGUUGGUAAAUGAUGUUAACUAGCUUGUUACUUCUUGUUGCCACGUACGUAACUGUAAGUUAGGGCUCGCUGGAGAUUCUGUUAUGUCUUUUAGACCAUCAGUUAACAUUGUGGCAGGGUCAUCUACUACUUUUCUGUAUAUCUGCGCAUUUCAUAUCCCUUUCAGCUGCUUUACAAUCCAGGAUUAAUAGUGCAUUAAGGCAAGAAGAAAGGGGUGAUGAUAUUUGCUGUUGAUUCUGCAUUUAAUGUUAAGCUACUUUAGGCAAUAUUCUGUUAGCUCUUGAAUACAUCACAACAAACAAGAUGGUGUUUCAGCUAAUAGUACUUGUGUAGGCAGGCAGAGGGUCCCGUUUUAUCAAUACACUACUUGGUGUCAAUGCAUUGUACAUACAUUGAUAUAUACCUUAUAUCCUCCCUUCGUCUUGAGCCUUCUCCAGUUAUCACCAUCAUGUGACUCAUCCUGAAUUUGUUAUGGUUACCCUUCCUUGAUAUGCAUGUAUAUUAUUAGGUUUGGUCAAUACACACUUUCCUCCCCACUGCAGACCUUAUUAUGCAACUUCUUAGGCAUGAACACUGAGAGAAACACCCACGAACACAGGUAGAGAAGGACGGAAGUAAUACCAAAGGGAGAUGGCAGAGCUGCAGAGAUCUUCCCAAACAUUUAGGAGGUCUGGUUCAUCUGGUCUGAUCUGGGAGGAGAGGCUUAUGCCUAAAGACCAGAACCAGAGGAAUCAAGGGGCAGCUGGGGAGGCAGAGGUCAACAGCUUAGAACUCAAGGAGCUAAGGCACUCUCGUAGCAACGGGUCCAGGGGAGGUGUGCAGCGUAGGUGCAGUGACGGUGCAGAGCGCGGUGGCAUGCCCAGCGACAUCAACCAGGCCUUUCGUACUCGGCAUGUUCCGCCAGCUCUUGAUCCACCUUCACCCAAGUUUGCUCGAUGCAUGUUCUGUGGAACUUUUAGGAAGGAAGGUCCCUCACAACCUUCCGAACCCAGAAGGUACUAGGGUGGUGCAUAUACUUUUGAGUGUUUGAGAAUAGGGAUAUAAGACAUUUUAUGGCUGAUUGAAGUUCGGGUGUAUCAUAAUAAGCAUAUGUUUGGUUUGCGUGAGGUUAUUUG